CUUCCCUUGGUAGAAACAGGGAAGACUCAUUGAAUUGUGAUCACAUUGCGGCAUCCUCUGGAUCUGUAGAUUUAAAGUAAAGAUUCGAUUGAAUUACAGUAAUGGAGGAGCUGAGGUCAGCAAUGGAAGCCCACAUGGACCAGAUGGCAGAUCUUGUCCAGAAACUCUCGGCGGAGCUCCGCUCUGGACUUCAACCCGCUUACGAAAACUUCAUGGGUUUCUUCCACGCUAUCAACUGGAAGGAGCCUUGGUUGAUGGGCUUAAUGGCAUUUCAUGUUCUGUUGCUGAUAGCAGUCAUAUUCUCAAGGAAGAACGUCAAUUUCCAAAUGUGUUUAUUCCUUAUGGCAUUGGCUGGUGUGUAUUUUGCUGAAUAUCUCAAUCGAAUCCUUGACAAGAACUGGAGGAGCUUUGCCACUCAAAACUAUUUUGAUCCACAUGGUGUUUUUCUCUCAGUUCUCUGGUCUGGACCUCUUCUUGUCAUUGCAAUCAUUAUAUUGGUAAACACCCUCUUCUCCUUAUGUUACCUGAUCGUUAGAUGGAAGAAAGCUGAGCUCAGACACCGUGCAAGAGUUUCUCGUAACAAGCAGGAUUAAUAAUCAUUGCUAUGCAUCAUUCCCGGGUUAAGCACUAUAGUAUUUUUUGUCACUUUCAUCUUUAAAGUUGCUUCUUCCCCUCAGAUAGAAUCACAAUUAUAUGCUGGUAGAUUUACAGUUUUCUCUUUCCUUUUCUUCCCCCAACUCAUCAAUGGUGUGAAUCAUCCCUUGAGCAAGCUGCUGUACUCUUGAGCUUUAUAUAAUCAUCCUUCAAACCUUGCUUGCGCCCUUGAUUGCAAAAAGAAAUCGAUGUAUUGAACACUGGCUGAUGAAAUGUAACACUGAGAACUAGAUUUCUUUAUAAUUGGGCAAUGUACCAUGAUUUUGAGUAAAAUUUUCUGCAACUGAUAAUUCUUUGUAGUUUGGGGUGUGACAACCCUGUCUUUCUUUCAUAAAUAC